UCAUUCCACCCGCUCGGUGCCUGCUGUCUGUCUGUCUGUCUGUCUGGUCCUCCUGUCUGGUCCUCGGUGUCUGUCUGGUCCUCCUGCGUAAAGGUCUCCUCCAUGCCAUUGAAGUGUUCAGAAGCGCACUGAAGAUGGCCAUCCACGUGGAAGGGCUGGUGGCGAUCGUCAUCUUCUACCUGCUGAUCCUCGGAGUGGGAAUAUGGGCCGCCUGGAAGAACAAGAACUCCGGCGUGGAGGAGGGCGCGGACCGCAUCAUGGUCGGGGGGAGAGACAUCGGACUGUUUGUGGGAGCCUUCACUAUGACCGCUACAUGGGUGGGAGGUGGAUACAUAAACGGCACGGCUGAGUAUGUGUAUCUCCCCGGGUACGGGUUGGCCUGGGCGCAGGCUCCGUUUGGAUACGCCAUGAGUCUCGUCCUGGGUGGCCUGUUCUUUGCCAAGCCCAUGCGCUCCCGUGGCUACGUCACCAUGUUGGACCCUUUCCAGCAGCUGUACGGAAAGCGCAUGGGCGGCCUGCUCUUCAUCCCAGCGCUCAUGGGGGAGAUCUUCUGGUCGGCCGCCAUCUUAUCGGCCCUUGGAGCCACGCUGAGCGUCAUUGUGGACAUUGAUAUUAACAUGUCAGUCAUCAUUUCUGCCCUCAUCGCCAUUUUCUACACACUGGUUGGUGGUGUUUACUCAGUGGCCUACACAGACGUGGUUCAGCUCUUCUGCAUCUUUGUGGGACUGUGGAUCAGUGUCCCGUUUGCUCUGUCGAACCCUGCUGUGUCUGACAUCGGCCUGACUGCAGUGAGGGAGCUCUACCAGAAACCCUGGCUAGGCUCAAUCAAAAGCUCAGAUAAAUGGAUGUGGGCAGACAACUUCUGCCUUCUGAUGUUGGGGGGAAUUCCCUGGCAGGUCUAUUUUCAACGGGUUCUUUCUGCCUCUUCAGCUACCUACGCCCAAGUCCUUUCCUUCUUGGCUGCCUUCGGCUGCAUCGUCAUGGCCAUACCCUCUGUCCUGAUCGGAGCUAUCGGGGCUUCCACAGACUGGAAUCAGACGACCUAUGGGUCAGUCCCUCCCAUGGAUAAAGACGAGUCAGAAAUGAUUCUUCCCAUCGUCUUGCAGUACCUGUGCCCACCCUACAUCUCCUUCUUCGGGCUGGGGGCAGUGUCUGCUGCGGUGAUGUCAUCGGCUGACUCAUCGAUCCUUUCAGCCAGUUCCAUGUUCGCCAGGAACAUCUAUAAACUGGCCUUCCGCCAGUCGGCAUCAGACAAUGAGAUAGUCUGGGUCAUGAGGAUCACCAUAUUUGUUUUCGGAGCUCUGGCAACGGCCAUGGCUCUCCUGACGGGCACAGUGUACGGGCUCUGGUACCUAAGCUCGGACCUGGUCUAUGUGAUCAUCUUCCCACAGCUCCUCAGCGUCUUGUUUGUACGAGGCACCAACACCUAUGGCUCAGUGGCAGGCUACAUCUUUGGGAUGAUCCUGCGCAUCGGUGGAGGUGAGCCCUACCUCAAACUGCCCCCUUUUAUCUACUACCCAGGGUGGUACAUCGAGAAAAAGGAGCACCACAGUGCGGGGGAAAUAGAAUAUCUGAUAUUGCAGAGGUUCCCCUUUAAGACGGUCUCCAUGCUGGGCUCCUUCCUCGGCAACAUGGCCUUUUCCUACCUGUUCAAGUACUUGUUUGAGAGUGGCAAACUGUCGGCCAAGUAUGACUUCCUGGACGCGGUAGUAGCCAAGCACAGUGCUGAGAUCAUGGAUAGGACCACGCUGGUGAACAGGAACGUUAUCGGGUUGAACGAGAUGGCGCCGGUGCGGCCGCGUCUCAGCGUCACGUUGGCCAGUGCCUUCAGCAGGAAGGAAACCCUCACUGAAGAGGACGAGAUGGACUCCAGCCCAGAGUCUCCUAGUCAUGAAAAUGAAUAAGGCCCAACACCUUUUAAAUUAGAACCAAUGGCCAUGAUGGAAAGGACAGCACAUGCUGGGAUCUUUGAUAAUGGAGGAAAAAUGAUAAUGUAUUGGAUUUCUACAGCAGGAUAAGCCAGAAUGGUGAAACAGGAAGAAAUGCAGGAAAAAAAUGUGACAUUUUACAUAAUAUAUUUCAUUAUUCCGUUGGGAAGCAGGUUCACUGAAGGUUUAAUACGGUACUGUAUGUAUCAACCUUGAUCCUGUGUUGCCUCUCUGUUCUUGGGGAGAACCCUGGAUACUGUGAGUACACCAUUCGCACUGAGGAAAUAUUUAUUUGUACAGUACAAAACCCAUCGUAGGUCAGGACUUAUUCACGAAUCCUCUGUCCAUUAGUUUACAGGAGAAAACGAUGACCAUCAUUAAAGUCCCAUGUUAUAUAGUAAAGCAUAGUUCAUCUUAACCAUCUUGUAAUUGAAAUAUAUUUAAAAAAAGAAAAAUAGUUAUUACUAUUGCUGUUCCAUUGAUCUUGCAAAUUGUUGCAAUACCAUUGAUGAUACAGUAUACAGUAUAAUAUAUAGAGAGAAUAACUAUGAGAUAAUAACACAGCUAUUAUAUUAAAUUUUUUUGUGUCAUUUUGUGAACAGGACGGGGAACUUAAUGUUACAAUCGCCUUAACUAGCUGCUUUGUCGAAAUAGAAAUUUCCCUGCUCCCGUUGUAGUGCACUAUAUGUAUAUAUACUGUAUAAUCAAUGGAAGUUCCAUUUUCAACUCAGCUUGAUAUUAUGCAAACGGUUCAGCAGCCACUUUGUUCGGCCCCGGGAAGAAAAAAGACUUCUUAAAAGAUUUGUGCUGUAAUAUUUUAUCUGCAAACUCUUACUGUAACUGCGGUGUCUAGUCUGAGGUUGAGUCCGUGUUUCUUUGUUGUCUUUUUGCAAUCAGAUGUGUGUGUGUGUAAUGUGUACAUAUAUCCUGUAUAUAUCAAUAUAUUUUAAAGAUAUACAAAAUUUUAUCUUACUGUGCUGGUAGAGUUACUCAGUUUGGUGAGAGGAGAGAAAAAAAA